GUCACAACCCCCCCCCCCUCGGUCCCAGCCGGACGCGGUAACAAGAUGGCGGCGGCCAUAGCUUUAGCGGGGCUGAGGAGGCGGCCGGGUGGCGUGUGGGGCGCGGGGGCCCGGCGGCUGCUGCAGGCGACUGCCCGGCAGAGCCAGACCCAGGACAAACCUGAGACCCACCACCCCCAUUAUCCCGGGAUUGUGGAAUCCACUGAAGAAUAUAAAUUUGUGGAGAGACUCAUUCCACCCACCAGAAUUCCUGCUCCCCCCAAACACGCCGAGUACCCCACCCCGUCGGGCUGGAGAGCCCCAUCAGAUACUCCACCUGCCCUUCCUUACUUUGUGAGACGGUCCCGCAUGCACAACGUUCCAGUCUAUAAGGACAUCACCAGUGGCAAUAGGAGGAUGACUGUUAUCAGGAAAAUCGAAGGAGAUAUCUGGGCCCUGGAAGAGGAAGUUAAGGAGUUCCUCACUCAGCUUGCUGGGAAACCACCACCUAUUCAAGUCAACGAAAUCACCUGCAGCAUCCGUAUCAAGGGCUAUUUUGACAAUGAACUGAAAGAGUGGUUGUUGAACAAGGGCUUUUAAAUAAACCAACUAUCCCGUUU